GGAGAGGCAGCUGCCCCCCCUUGGCAACGCCCAUGCCCAUCCCUGUUAAUAAGCCCUAUUUCUUGCAGACACUGGCCUCCGCCGGGCCUCGAGCCACGUCAAGGAAGCACAAAGCAGCCGUCGCGGGGGUGGGGCUCCUCCUGGGGCCGCUCUCUCGGAAGGAGGCGCGGCGGCGUCGGAGGAGAGGACCCGCCCCGGGCCACCUGAGCCCAGAAGGUAGGCGGACAGGAAGGGGCGGCCGCCGGCGGGGAGCGAGAGAGAAGCAGGAAGUUUCGGGGAGCUGGCCGAGGACCGGGAAGCGGCUGCUGGGGGAUCCCACUCGACGGGCUCAUGGUGAGCUUUCCAGCCGCGCCGAGUUUGCUGCCUUCUCGCCGCCCCGUCCGGCGCCCGCCGCGCCUCGACGUGGCUGGGCGGGGGCGCGGAGCAGGCGCUUGGCCGGGGGAGGGCGGGGGCUGCCUCUCGAGGCCGCGUCCCUGGAGCAGGGCGCCCCCGGCGCGGCGGGCUCGGGGUUCCCCCGGCUCUGGCGCGCCUCCCUUCCGCCCUCGGGCUCGGCCGGCGUCGAGGCGGCGCGCAGGGGCGCUGGGCGGGAGUGGUGGCGGCGCGGGGGGGGGGUGUUUCGGAGGCCCCGGGACGAGGCUCCGGCCCCCGCGGGAAACCUCUUUUGCGGGGCUUGGCGCUCUUCCUGGGCUGGGCUGCUGGGGCGAGUUGGGCUCCUCCUCCCGGGCUUCUCCUCGAAACCUUUCCGGCCUUUGCAGACGCCCUCUAGAAACCAACAGGUGGCCCUUUUGCAAGCUCGGGCCACAGUUCCGGGCUUUCCCCGAGUCCCCGCCCGCUCUGUGUCUUCCCAACAACCCUGCGAGGCUGGUUAGGCUGGGAGAGGUGGAACCGGCCGUGGCGGAGCGGGGAUCCGAACACCGCCCGCCUUGACCCCAAGCCGACACUUGAACCGCUGCAGCCAUAUAGGAGCCAACUCCUGGGGGUUGUGGGGUCUUCGGCAUCCCAAUAAAGGAUUUGAGGGUCCAGCGCCCCCCCAAGUUGACGAGCCUUGCCUUCAAAUAGUGCACCGUGUCAUAUGAUCAAUUAUGCCCCGCCCCAUUUUUUAUUCAAGUUGUCACCCCUGGCUGCAGUUUAGCGCUCUGGGGGGGGCACUGAGAUCUUGCCCCCAAGGUGCCCCAAAUGUCAUCCAGUCCUACCCCUUCUGGCCAAUGCCAGAAGCCCAUCGCUGCUGGAUCCCUGCUCAGAAACCUCUUAAGAGAGACCAGAGUCCGUCCCACUGCUAGGAUAUUUCUUCUGUUAAUCUCAUCACUGAAACUUUAUUAUGCUGCUCUUUCAUCCUCUAGAUUCUUCAUGCACCAGUCCAGCAUUCUUGAGCCAUAAGCCGUCCAGCUGUCAAAUCCACGCUGUACAAUUACAGCAUAUUCAAUACACAUUUAAAGCACAUGACUUCCUCCCAGAGAAUCCUGGGAAUGGUAGUUUCCUCCUCACAGAGCUGCCAUUUCCAGCACCCGUUACAAACCACAGCUCCCAGAAUUAUCUGGGGGAAGUCAUGCGCUUUAAAUAGAUAGUGUGAGGGUUUAUCCACACUUGCCUUUCCUCCAGGCAACGUCUACACUUUAAAGCUCUGUGUUUGAGUACAAACACCUUUUUUUUUUUUUUUUUGCCUCAGAGCUUUCACCACAAAAACCCACUCUUUGAAGCUCGCUUGGAGCAAAUGGCAAUCUGUAGAAAACCUGAAUUGACAUUUGCUCUGACUGAGUGCUAAAGAGCAAGAUUUCACUGGGGCAAAAAAAAAAAAAGAGAGAAAACAUUCUGACACGGAGCAUUUAAGUACGGAUCUGUGCCUGGAAAGAGUGCGGCAAAAGGUCAGUGUGGAUGAGCCCAGAAUCUGUUUCUAGACUACAUUUCCUGUCACCUCCACCCAAGUUUGAUGAUGGGACCAAUGGGAGUUGUAGUCCAGAACAUCUGCAGAGCAUUUUGUUGGGAGAGGCUGCCAUGUUUAAUUCCAGCUUCUCAUUACUCUUGACCUGCACUGGUUGCUCAUUAGCUGUGUAGCGGUUCUUCUACAUGGAAAUAGCUUUUAUGGUCUGUUACUGACUGUCAUCACAACAGCUGUGUGAGGUCAGUGGGUUCCUUGUGCAAAAGAGAGUGAUAGCAGAGAGUGAGUGCCUAUCCCGUGACUUGGGUGUGAGCCCAGGACUGCACUGGGUUUUGACCCCCUGCUGGUGUAACCUCAGCCCUGUAUCCCCUGAACUGUGCUGGGUCUUGCACGGAGGGUGCACUUAGCUGCCUCAGGGUGACUGUAAAUGGUGGUGGUGUUUUCAUUGUUUAGGGAAGCAAGCACAGGGUAUAGCAGACCUGCCCUGGUUUAGACUUUCGGACUCCUGCUUUGCAUUUCCUAGCAAACAGCUUCCAGGAAUAGGUCUGAAGAUAAGGCAGCUAUUAAUUCCAGCCCUGGCAGUCUGUGGGAUGUUUUGCUCCAGUUUUGAUGUCAGAGCUGCCAAAAGAAUGUUCAAGGAAAAGCCCAGCUUCUUUGUUCUGUGGAAUGUUGGAUUUUGAAAUUGCUUGCUGUCCAGGAAAGCCACUUCUCACCCCUCUAGGGUCAUCCUUGUACACAGUUUAGAUCAGUGGAUCUGAAACUUUUUCAGCCACAGCCCCCUUGGUUCCAUGUACUCACCCCCAGUGCCCCUUACCCCUGUUGUUGGCAUCCGUCUGUCUCUAGAGGCAAACCGUUAGAGAAUGGCAGCGCCUGCUGUGGCUGCAGUGACUGGUAACCCAUAACUGCUGCCUCCCAUGUUGUUCCUGCUGUAUUAGCAGCACCGAAGUGACUUUUCUGGGGUGCAGGCCUGGGCAAUGUGUAUGGAGGUCCUAGGCUGUCCAGACUACAAGACCCCUGUCUUGGCCUCACUGAUGUGGUCCAAAGGAAAGCAGAGCAAGACAUUUGGCACCAGCUUGACUGCAGGAGUUUCUGGAAGGAGGCAUACCGGGUGCCAUCCAACCGUCUUACUCCAAAUUUGCCCACUACACAUAACAAAAAUAAUAAUUAUUCAGAAUAGAGGCUUGCACAAUCCAUGAACCCAUAAUAACAUAAUAAAAUUCAAAACAAUUAAUUGCACAUUUAUUCAAAAUUAGAUUCCCUAUGGCCUACCUUUAGCUGAAUAUAUUACUGAAUUUCUGUUACUGCUUGCUUGUAUUUGUGGUUCUAUAAAAAUUGACCUCGUUCAGACUCUAGCAGCUAUAAGUAGAAUGCUAGAGCACAGAGGGCCCCUCCAGAUUGCUGUUUGUUUGUUUUUUGGGGGGGUGUACCAUAACAUGCCAUUGACACAAUCAUUGUGCAUUAGUGGUGUAUUUAUCCUGGACCAUACACACAUCGUUCCACUUCCCCAGUGUUAUUGUCUUAUUGCUGUUGGGAGGUAUCCUCUUGCAACAAAGGUGAGACAAAAAAAAGUAAACCAGAACGUUUGUGGAAUGAGGAGUUAAAGGAUUUCAGUAGGAAGUUACAGGACAUGCGUUGACCAGAAAUGAAGCAGCGUGUCCACCCUGAAACUGUUGGUAGGCUCAAACCGUAUUGAAAGUGGGACUGCUUAUAACUGCCCCAAUACCAUCGCAAACACAAAGAAUUAUGAAUGCAAAUGGAAAAGUGCAUCUGGAGCUGCCCAGAGACUAUAAUGGCUGAAGCCAAGCCUUUGAACCAGCGCUGCAGGAGAGUAAAAAUUGUGGGAACGAGAAAACCUGGGUAUAGUUUACAAGGUUAAGAAUAUGACUGUGAAAGAAUUAAACCCAAUAGUCCUUUGUUCCUUGGCAGCCAAAUUAAAGUAUUAGAGCUUGCUUAUGGAGUUCUGAUUACAAAUCCCUAAGACAAAUGGAAUCAAUCCUUUUGCAAAUGCAUUUGGGAGUGUACAAUUUUCUAGUAAGGAAAAGAAAUCACAGUUGUGGGUUUGGACAUCUGUGUGGCGAAAAGGAGCCCUGAGUCAAAGGGUUUGGUGCUUGGAGCCUCUUUGGGGCAGUGAGUGAGGAAAAACAUUUCAAGGCACAUAAGCGGUAUGUGCAUCUAGGCACAUACCUUGGGGCAUGGGAAGAGAAGACCUGGCCCCCCAGACCCACAAACUGCCAUUAUGGCAACUUGGAGGUGAAAGACCCCCCUAGUGAGAUCACCCUUCCAAACUCUGGAGCUGGAAGUGUGUCACAGAAGAGGCCUGGCAUGCGCAGGGAGAAAGUUAAGUACCCCAACAUCUAAUCUAAGAUCAUGGCAUCCAUAUUUCUCUGUGAAUCUGAAGCUAAACUAUGUAAAAUAAAAUCCCACCAUACUGAGUAGAAAUCACUGGAAUCUUCCAGCCCUUUAGAGACCUGUAACGUACGUUCUAUUUUUUCCUGCAAUAACCAACUUCCAUAUAUUUUUAUACCAUAAGGAUAUAGACAUAUUUUUUUAAGUCAUUUCCGCUGUUGUGCUGUAAAAAUCCUGACAGCUGACAGCAUCCAUGUCAAAAUUUCCUUUUGGCAAAAUGUCUUCAUGGUAUAUUUCCACAUAUUUAGUAAGGAUAACAGAGGAUAAAUUUUAAUAUGUUUAUUAAUAUUUUUUUAUAUCUCCUGAAAGAUUUCAUUUGAGAAUACAGCAGCCUGUGGUCAUUUCCACCAGAGACAGGAAAAGUCCCUUUAUUCCCUUACUAAUUUUUUGAGGAGUUAUACAUUGCCUGCCAGUAAAGAUGUUUUUAGGUUAGCCAACACUUUCAUGGAGAAGGUCAGAUAGGCUAAAGCUCAGCAUGAACAUAGGCUUUCAAGUGAAGUCAAAAAUAAUAAAAAUGUUUUUUCCCCAUCUAUGUUUGAAACAAGAGGAAGAACAAGCAAGUAGUAGGCCCUCUGAGUGUAAACAAAACAGAAGUGCUACUGGGUGGCAGACGCCGAAACUGCUCAUCACCUGCUUUGCCUCUGUCUUCACUCAGAAAGAAAGCUGCGCCCAACUUGGUGGUGAUAUAAUAAAUGGUGCAGAAUGGUAGCUGCAGCCCAAGAUAGGAAGAGGUGGUAAAGGAACACCUAGCUACUUUAAAGUAAUUCAAAUCAAAUCUCUAAUGGGCUGCAGCCAAGGGUACUAAAGUAACUGCAGGUGUAAUCUCAGAGCCUCUGUCUAUAAUCAAUGAGAAUUUGUGGAGAGCAAGUGAGCUCCCUGUGGACUGGAGAUAGGCAGAUGUUGUCCCCAUCUUCAAAAGCGAUAAAAGAAGAGGACAAGGCAAAUACCGACUGGUCAGCUUGAGGCUUAAAACAGGAAAGAUGCCCAGCAAUCAGCUUGGGUGGCAGGGAAAAAGACUGCUCUCCCUGUUCUGCUGUUAGAGCCCAGGGACAACACUCUUGGCUGCACCAGCAUUGCUGGGCUCCAGAGGUUGAAGCCUCUUGCACCACACAAAUGCACAGAGUAUGGGAAACAAACAGGAUGAGAAACAAACAAGAUGAAUUGGAGCUUUUAAUACAGGAUGGCAAAUACAACCUGGUAGGCAUUGCUGAAACCUGGUGGGAUGAGACUCAUGACUGGAAUGUAGGAAUUGAGGGGUAUAACCUGUUCAGAAGGAAUAAGCCAAACAAGAAAGGAGGAGGAGUAGCAGCAUUGUAUAUAACGGAUGUGUACACUUCUGAAGAAAUCCAUGACCUGGAGCAUGAAAAGCAGAUUGAGACUUUUAUGGGUAAAAAUGGUAGGAGAGAGUAACAACAGUGACCUUACUGUGUGUGUCUGCUAUAGACCACCAAGCCACACUGAAGACUUGGAUGAUGCCUUACUAGAGCAGAUUACCAAACAUUCAAAAGGGAGAGAUAUAGUAAUCAUGGGCGACUUCAACUUCCCUGAUAUCUGUUGGGUCUCAAACUCUGCCAAAAGUGUAAGGUCUGACAGAUUCCUCCAUUGCAUCGCUGAUAAUUUCAUUUCCCAGAAGGUGGAAGAACCAACAAGGGGCUCAUCUAUCUUGGAUCUGGUCCUCACCAGGAGAGAGCAACUGAUAAUCGAAGUGGAAGUACUCAGAAACUGGGAAAGAAGUGAUCAUGUUCUCCUGGGUUUCAGGAAAAAAGGGGAAACCAAGUGUAGUCAGCAACACACUCUGGACUUUAAAAAGGCCAAUUUCAAAAAAGCUGAAGGAGCUACUGGGUGUGAUCCCAUGGUCAGAAAUACCCAAAGAGAAGGGAGUCUAAGAAGGAUGGGAGUUUCUAAAAGGGGAAAUAUUGAAGGCCCAAAUGCAGGCAAUACCAACAAGACAGAAAAGUGGGAGGCAUCUAAGAAGCUUACAGAUGAGCUGGGAGUUAAGAAGGGCAUGUAUAAGAAAUGGAAGAAAGGGGAAAUCACAAAGGAGGAGUAUGCACGAGUAGCCAACAGUUGCAGGUUUCAGUAAGGCUUUUGACAAAGUCCCCCAUGAUAUUCUUGCGAGGAGCUGGUAAAAUGUGGGUUGAGCAAGGCAACUGUUAGGUGGAUUUGUAGCUGGUUGACUGACCGAACCCAAAGAGUACUCAUUAAUGGUUUCUUGUCAUCCUGGAAAGAAGUGACAAGGGGGGUGCCGCAGGGUUCUGUACUGGGCCCGUCGAUGUUCAUCGUAUUUAUAAAUGACUUGGAUGAAGGAAUUGAGGGGAUGCUCAUCAAAUUUGCAAAUGACACCAAACUGGGAGGGGUAGCUAAUGUCACAGAAGACAGAAUCAGAAUUCAAAAUGACCUUAACAUAUUGGAGAACAAGCUAACAAAAUGAAUUUCAGUAGGGACAAAUGUAAGGUUCUGCGCUUUGGCAGGAGGAACCAGAUGCACAAAUAUAGGAUGGGGGGCACCUGGCUUACUAGCAGUACAUGUGAAAAGGAUCUCAGGGUCUUGGUGGAUCACAAGCUUAACACGGGUCAACAGUGUGAUGCAGCAGCAGCAAAAAAAGCUAACAUUCUAGGCUGCACCAACAGAAGUCUAGUGUCCAGAUCAAGGGAAAUAAUAGUACCACUGUAUUCUGCCUGGGCCAGGCCACACUUGGAAUACUGUGUCAAAUUCUGGGCACCACAAUUUAAGAAGGAUUUUAAAAAAUAACAUUUUAUUAAUUUUCCAAAAAUAACAACAAAAACAUCAUCAAGAAUUUUUUUAACCAAGUCAGGCACAAUUUAAGAAGGAUGUUGACAAGCUGGAAGGCGUGCAGAGGAGGGCAACCAAUAUGAUCAAGGGUCUGGAAACUAAGCCUUACGAGGACCUCUUGAAGUAGCUGGGUUUGUUUAGCCUGGAAAAAGGGAGACUGAGAGGAGAUAUGAUAGCCACCUUCAAUAUCUUAAGGAUUGUCACAUGGAGAGGGGUAGCCUGCUUGCUUUCUCCUGCUCUUGAGGGUAGGACUCAAACCAAUAGCUUCAAGUUACAAGAAAGGAGAUUCCGACUAAACAUUUGAAAAAACUUUCUGACCGUAAGAGCUAUUUGACAGUGAAACGGUCUCCCUCGGGAGGCUGUAGACUCUCCUUCCUUGGAGGUUUUUAAACAGAGGUUGGAUGGCUAUCUGUCAUGGAUGCUGUAGCUGAGAUUCCUGCAUUGCAAGGCAUUGGACUAGAUGACUUUUGGGUCCCUUCCAACUCUGUGAUUCUGUUACUCCCCACUAAAGCAACUCUGGGCUGGGGAUGAUGCCAGGCUGUUGACUGCAGAGUGGCUCUGCUGGUUCUGGGGGGUGCUUGGCAUAUUUUGCAUUCCCGGUGGAAAGAAGUAUGUGUCACUUCUGCUGGGGACUUGCUCAAGACCUCUGGUGCCUUCCUGCACAGCAUUCCUGGUUCUUCGCUGCAGCUUCUCCAGAAGCACUGACUUGGCAGCAGGCUCAGGUAGGUAGGAUGGAGCACCGUUUGAGUGUCUCCCUGCCAACAUCCUUAGAUGUGUCUGGACCGUGAGCUGGAGUUCCUUGGUCUCAAGUUUUCAGGAUUGGUUUCAGAAGAUACAGAAUGGUUUCAUGUGUUGAAGAUGGCUGGUUGAAGCAGGGGUUUGCUGUCCUUAAGCUGUGGCAUUUUUGCUCUUUGCUAUAGAAUUCACCACCAAACCUGGCAGCAUUCUUGCCUACCACCAGGUGGUACAACCUGUUUUUAAAAGACUUCAGGCCAGUGAGAUGUGGAAAUCAAAUUCCAGUGACUCUAUGACAUCUGAAAUAAAAUCUGUCCACAUUUGUUUUAUCUGACUUGGUACUAAAUGGUUGCAGCCAAUGUUAGCUGUACUCAGAGUAGGCCUAUUGAAAGUAAUGCACAUGACUAAGCUCCACUAAGUUCUAUGGGUCCACUAUAACUUGGUGGGAUACAGCCCUAAAGCAGGACACUGAUGAUUCAAUCCCACAACAAGUAUAUUGAAGGCAGCAAUUACAGUUAGAAAAAAUGAGCCUUGAAUGAUGUAAUAUGCUUCUAUUCCCUAAAAUGGUUAUUAUUUUUUAUAUAAAAGUGACACAGUGGUUAAUAGGAAAGGUGGCAUCCUGAGUACAGCUGCGAUUUCCACACUGAUCAUUACAGGAUCUGUCGUAACUGAUAACUGGUUUUUCUUUCAUACAGUAGUAAUGAAAUAAAAUAGAAUCAGUAAUUACCAAUUCAGUGGAGGCUGCCCAUUGUAUCUCUGCAUUAGUUCAGAAGACGUAUGUUGUGGUGUCCAGAAAUUGUGGCUACGGUGACUGCACAGGAGCCAACUCCAGGGGCUGUGGGUGCUUGGGCACCCACAAUAAUAUAAUUUUGGGGGCUGGGCACCCACAAAGUCAGUGAGCAAAACCAGAGAGAGGCAGCCAACCAGCCUCUGCGGCUCUGCCUCUGAGAAAGAAGCCGUUCAGCCCCACCCUCUGCUGCCAGCAAGUGAGUUCCCCUUUCCCAGGGAGGUGGGGCUCAGAUGCAGAGGCAGAAACUCUGCCUCCAUGUCUGAGCCCCUCCUCACGGAAAAGGGGGCCUUGCUGGCUGCGAGGAGGAGCCCCCCCACCAAAAGCGCAAUGCAACUUUGUGCAUUGUGCUUGCGUGCCAGUGUGUGAUGUCGCACGUCCUCGUUAUGGUGGCGAUCACCCACAAUCCUGAGGGUGAGAUGGCACCCCUGGGUGACUGCGAUCUCCACUUCUGGAGGUUAGUUGUCUUUGCUUUCUUAUCUCCAAGUUUAGUCAUCUGACUCUGAUAAUUUCUGAGGAAACAACUCUGUGGAACUCUUGAGUGAAUAUGGUGAUACCGGGAUUGCAACAUCUUUGUGAAUAAGGAUGACGAAUGGUUUCUCUUCCUUGAGACAAGUAUUGUUUAUCUGUUUGGCCUUGUCUAACACUCCUGGCAUUUUAGUGAGGUUUUUAAUAAUGCUGAGUUCCUCCUGUGCUUUAAUUAAUAUGAAUUGUACAUAAUAUAGCAUAAUUAAUAUAUAAUAAAAGUACUUCUUCACAUAGCGCAUAGUUAAACUAUGGGAUUUGCUCCCACAAGGUGCAAUAAUGGCCAGCAACUUGAAUGGCUUUCAAAGAGGAUUAGGCGAGCGAUGGCUCCCAGUCACAAUUCCUAUGUUCUCCCCACUUUCAGAGGUAAUGUACCUCUGAAUACUGGCCGCUGGGUUAGAGCGCUGUGGCUAGAGCGCUGUGGCAACCAGGUCCUGCUUGCAAGCUUUCCAUUGGGGCAUCUGGUUGACCAACUGAAAACAGGAUGCUGGAUUAGAUGGGCCUUUGGCCUCAUCCAGCAGCCCAGCUCUUUGUAAUGUUCUAAUAAUGUAAAAAUACAUUAUGGUUUUAACAAUCUUAAUGUCACAGCACCUGUAUGGUGCAAAAAGUUGCCCUUGAGGAAAUGCGAUGCUUGGGCUGAAGACAGCGGCGGAGCAAGCCGAUCGGGCACCUGGGGUGGCGGGCAUGCCCUGUGCCCGUGGGCGGCGCGAGCCGGGGCAGGACGCUCCGCGGGGCCUUCGAGGAGCCUGCCUGCCUCUUCCCACUCAGCCGUCCUACAGCUGAUGGGGAGGUGGUGGGCAGGCUGUUUGGGGCAGCGCGGAGUCUGUGGGCGCCCAAGCCACCGCGUCACUCUCAGGCAGGCAGGGUGAAAGUGGCCUCUCUUGUACGACCAAAGCCUGUUCUUUCUGAUCAGACUUGGUUCCUAUUUUCAGAGUGUGUCUUGGUGCAAGGCCAAUGGAUUAAUUUUCGUCUGUUGGUUCUUGUUUUGCCCUUGCACAAGUGGCAUUUGCAUGAGCAGCUACUGUAGUGGCAAAUUGUGUGCCCUGUUAAGAAUAGGAGGAGAGCCUGGCUGAUGGAGCAGGCCAAAGGGAGCCCAUCUAGUCCAGCAUCCUGUUCUUGCAUUGGCCAACCAGAUGGCCCAAUGUGAAGACUGCAACCAGAACCUGAGUGCUACAGUCGUACUCUCGCCACUGCAGACUCCCAGGAACUGUCAUUCUGCCUUGGACAGUGGAGGAAGCACGUUGCCAUCAUGGCUAGUAGCUGUUGAUACCCUUAUCCUAUAUUUAUUUGUCUGGAUCCCUUUUAAAGCCAUAUAAGGUGGUGGUCAUCCCUGCAUACUGCGGAUUCUGUGAUAUUCUACUUCUUUUUUUUUUUUUCUGUCCUGGAUCUUCCAGUAGUGCAUUUCAUUAGAUGAUUUCUUUGGGUUCUAACAGAGUCUACUUUCUCCACACACUAUGCAUGAUCUUAUAUGCCUCUGUCCUCUCCCCCUGCCCCUUACUCACUUUUUUUUUUAGUCCUAAACUAAAACUCCUAAAAUGUUGGUCCCUUUCCUCCUUGGGAAGUUAAAUUUGCUCCAACCCCCUUUCUUCCCCUUACCCAAUUCUACAAUGUCCCUUUUGAGGUGCGGCAACCAGAGCUGUUUGCAGUAUUCUAAGGGCAGUCAAACCAUAGAUAUGUAUAAAGGCAUUAUGAUAUUGGCAGUUGUGGAACAGAGAUAUUUUCUGAACAGGGGCCUAGGCAGUCAGCAGCUCCUUCAUUCACAAUCCCCUGGAUCUACCUUGCACAGUCUGUCAAUGGAGGCAGUGAUGGCUACCAACCUAGAUGGUUUAAAAAUAGGAUUGGACAAAUUCAUGGAGGAGAGGGCUAUCGAUGGGUACUAGCCAGGAGGACUGCUCUGCAUCCACAGUUGGAGGCAGCAAUGCUUCUGAAGACCAGUUGCUGGAAGCCACAGGAAGGGAGAGUUGCUCUUGGGCUUGGGUCCUGCUUGUGGGUUUCUCAAGUGCAUUCUUGUUUAUGUUUUGUGAGGGUUGUGCAGAAGACCUUUCCCGUCCCAUAUUUGUUGGUGUGUGGGACGCUGGGAGCUCCAUUUGGAUUUCCUUCUUCCGGUUGCCAACAUCCAUGGCUGACCCAGGUCUUCUAUCCUAAGCCCCCUUCCUUCCUUCUCUUCCCUCCAGGAGGGUGGAAGCGCCCCCGGGAUGGCAAGCGACAAGGUGAAGAACCUCCAGAAUGAGGUGGAGGGUGUCAAGAACAUCAUGACGCAGAACGUGGAGCGUAUGCUGGCAAGGGGAGAGAACCUGGACCACCUGCGCAACAAGACGGAGGACCUGGAAGCGACGGUAGGUUCUGAGACUUGUGCUCUGAGCAGAGUCGAAGGGGGUGAGGUUUUCACGGGAGGCCACCAAGCUCCUUUCACUGAAGAGUGGGGGGACUUGCCUAGUGACUUGGUAGAGAAGAGCAGAGUCCCCAAGCAAGCAUUGGGGAAAGUGAUGGUAGUUCCUAGAAUCCCAAGGGUCAUCUAGAUCCAUCCCCUGCAAUGCAGAAAUCACAGUUAAAGAAUCUCUGACAGAUGGCCAUCCAGUCUCCGUUUCAAAACCAAUGAAGGAGAGUCCACCAUCUUCCGAGGGAGUCUGUUCCACUGUCAAGCAGCUCUUACCGUGAGAAAGUUAUUCCUAUUCAGUUUUUAUUGAUUUUCAUUAUUACAUAUACACAUAGAAUACAUACACUCAUUAUACAUUUAUCCAUCCACCUAAGCCUUAAGCUCUGCCGAGCUUCGGACUUCCCUCCGUCUCUUCGGUAGGUAUCAUAUAGUUAUAACAUCGCGUAUUCUAUCUAAUAAAAAAAAAGAGAGAGAAAGUUAUUCCUAAUGUUUAGUUAGAAUCUCCUUUCUUGUAAUUUGGGUCCACUGGUCUGGGUCCUUUGUUCUGCACCAGCAGAAAACAACCUCACUCCAUCUAACAUGGGACAGCCCCUUAAAUAUUUGAAGAUGGUUAUUCCUGGUUAUUGGGGGGUUGGACUCUUGGUCUCUUCCAACUCCACAAUGUUAUGAUUCGAUUCUCUCUCAAUGUUCUCUUCUCCAGGCUAAACAUACCCAACUACCUUAACUGUUCCUCAUAAGGUUUGUAGACCCUUGAUCAUCUUGGUCACUCCCUCUGCACAUGUUUCAGCUUGUCAAUACAAUUCUUAAACUGUGCUGUCAAGAAUAGGACACAAAACUCCAAGUGAGAUCUGACCAAGGCAGAGUAAAGUGGUACUCUUCCAUUCCUGAGCAGACUCACGUUAGGCUUGCGGUCUACAAAGACCCCUAGAUCCCUUUCACAUGUACUACUGGCCAGCCUGGUGUCCCCCAUCUUACAUUUGUACAUCUGGUUAUCUCUGCUUGUGCCACAUCUGCAAGUUUCCAUUGGAAGGAAAGAUGUUUCCCAGUUAGAAACACAGACCUAGGGAACCUGUGGCUGUCUUAAGUUUUGCUGAACUACAGCUCCCAUAAUCCCUGACCAUUGGCCAUGCUGCCUCAGGAUGAUGGGAGGAGGCACCUGGAGGGUGCAGACCCCCCUGCCCUCAGCAAACUUGCUCUGAGCUUGAGAGCUUCAGCUUGAAGGGGAAGUUGCUCAUGGAUAAAGCAGGGGCUUUUUCAGCAUUGCUGGGGCUCUGGCAAUAGUGCCAUCAAAACCACAAGGUGUGACUUGGUAUGAUCCUCUGGUUUUCCACACAAGUUCAAGGAUGUUGCAAGUGGCAAGCAUGUUCUAACUCUAUAGGUGUAUUUAGACGUGUGUUUGUAGCCCACUGUACAGCCAACGGAGGCAUUCUUUGCCUUCACAGUGUUUCUGCUGCAAAUUAAAACUCCUCCUCCUUAUCCACGGAUAACAGUGCCUCAGCCCAACCACUGCUCAGAAUUCAGAGCGGGCGAAAUGUUUAGCUCCUUUGGCUUUCAAGUGUGAUUUUCCCUGCAAGUAGCCUGCACACCUGUCCUGUUGGGACGGGGUUUUAAAUCCCUCCUUACCGCAGAGAGGGACUUGCAAACCAGCACAUUUUCUUCCCAGCUGGUCUGAAAAUAACAUGCAGGUUUUCUCCAUGGUGCGCAGCUGAUCCCAGUUGUCCUUUUAUCAUUGCCAAUUUGGGCUCUUCUAAACUGAGAUCUCCUCUGACUCAAAAGUCAGAAUCUGGCACAAUUUGGUCUGUGUGACCAGCCUGUGGGUGCUGAGGCAGAGGGUGGCUGAGGCACAAGGCCCAGCUCCUUUCAGGCAGCGCACCAGAGGUCCUGUGUCUAAGGAGCAUAGUGGACAGGGUGGAGCUGUUUGUAGUGUGGCUGAUUAAUCCCUGAGCAGCCCAGGAAGGCCCCAACCACCCUCUGCCCUUUAUUCUACCUUUGGUAUUUACAACUUGCUAAGCUGUUUCCUGGAAUGAGGCGGAGCAGUUGGCCGUACCACCUAAGACUAGCGUACAGGAAUGUGCAAGAUUUUAGCUGACUUUUGAAUCUGUCACCUGGUUUUGGUGGCUGGAAAGUUGCUCAGCAGCCUUAAUUGGGGGUACCUGAUCGAAACAGGGUGCCACGAGCUGCCGUUGUUGUUGUUGUUGUUGUUGUUGUUUCAAUUUAUUAUCCAGCCCUUCAACAAAUGCUCCCAGGAUGGGUAAUACAACAGUAGAAUAAAAAUAUUAACUAUAAAAUAUCUACAGAAUUCCAGAGACACUUUCAACACAGAGACACACUUGCUAAUUAUUAUUUCAUUGGCAUUUUUAUCCCGGUUUUCAGCACACAUAAAAAGUGCUCUCAAGCUCAGCUUACAAAUAUAAACAAGAAGAUUGCCUCAGGCUUACAACCCAAAAGGAAAUAGGUCGAGGGGAGGGGGAAACAAGCACUAAUCCUUAGUUUUGGAGGUCUUGAGCAGCAGGAAUGAAAAGAAUUUGGAGCAGAGCCAAGCAUUUGCCGGUCUCUUAGCAGAGCUGAUGGAGAGGCCCUGCAGUUCCAUCUCUCUCGCAGCAGCCUGAUGGAAUGGCUGCUGUCGAUGGCCUGACAGAGCUGCAGAAGAUGCAAACAGCAGAUAGAUUACUGCCAUGCAUUGUGUGUUGGGCUGCCUUUGAUGACUGGAAACCGCAGCUGGGUGGCCAGUUUAAUAAAUGGGACUAGGCGUUCUGAACACAUCACAAUGAUUAUAGCUUGGCUGCCAGUCCCAUUUCUGUGCCAAAUUUGUAACUGCUGGGUUUGACCUAUAUUGGGACCCCAGGACCAUGCUAGAGAAAUUAGGAAAGGAACUGAAAAUAAAACUGCUGGUAACUUGAUGCAGUUACACAAAUCUGUUGUACAACUGCAUUUGGAAUACUAUGUUCACUUCCAGCUGCCUUUCCUCAAAAAAGGGUUUUGCGGAGUUGGAAAAGUUCCAGGAAAAGGCAAGCAACUGAUCAAGGAAAUGGAGCAACUCCCCUGGGGGAAAAAGGUUGCAGUGUUUGGGACUUCUAAGUUGAGCAAAAAGGUGACACAAUAGAAUUGUAUAAAUGAUGCUGGCAUGGAGGAAGGCUGUCCUCCGUCUCUCAUAGCGCUGUAACUGGCAUCUGGAGAGUGCUGCUAGCAGGUUUCCCACAGGCACCUAAUUGGCCACUGUGAGAAAAGGAUGCUCCACUAGAUGGGCCAUGGCCUGAUCCAGCAGGACUCAUCUCACAUUCUUAAUUCUUGUUUGUUUUUUGUGAGGAGACCUUUCCCGUCCCACAUUGGUUGGUGUGUGGCUGAGGGGUCUCUCUCCUCCUGUGUUCACAGCUCUCUCUCUCUCUCUCCAUUGCAGUCGGAACACUUCAAGACAACCUCACAGAAGGUGGCACGCAAGUACUGGUGGAAGAAUGCCAAGAUGAUCAUCAUCAUCUGCGUCAUUGUGGCCAUCAUCCUGAUCUUGAUCAUUCUCUUUGCUACGGGUGUCAUCCCAACCUAACUCUCUUCCUCCUGGCACUGGAUCUUCUCGGCUCACUCCAACCCUGGCUCCUGUCUGCCACUGCUUCUCUUAGUCGUCAAAAUUACUAACGGAACCACAAGGCCCUUGGCUGAGCACAGCCAUCAGGGUCCUUGACUGCUCCUUCAGAACACACAAACACACUCCCCUCCCUAGACUGCCCUUUCCUUCCUCACCAGCUCCUCCUCUCUUUAGCCUCAGGGCAAUAAGAAUCUCUGCCACCAGACCUUAAGAGCUCCGUUUCCACACUCCCUACGUUUCCAAAUUCACCUGGGGCUCGCUGACCCCCCCACUCCAGCCUGCAGAUAUUGGUGCCAACAACUGUUUGAGAUGCAAUUCCUGUUAUCUGUGCCUGGCAAGUGCUAAGGUUCCCUUCAUCUCUCCUGCUCCCUGCAGGGUUCUGAUUCCCAAAGUGCCUUUAGCUACUCCUUCCCAAGCAGCCUCUUUUAGGAACCUGGUUGGGUCACUCCCAUCUCAGUUAGGUGACAGUGUUGACAAAUGUUGCUUGGGGGAAGGGAUCAGCGUUCCCUGUUGGCCAGAAUGGGUUUGGGGAGCCCCAGAAGCCCUAUGGGGGAUGCUCCUUGUAUAGAGGUUUUCUUGGUAAUUAAUGUUUGGGGUGGGGAAAUGCCUGUAUUCCCCUUUAAAAGCGGGGUGGGCAUUGUAAAGGCAUCCAAGUCUCCUGUGAACACUUUGGAGAGGAGACGUUUGUCCAUAAGUGGCUUUUAAAAAACCCCAAAACUAUGAGGCAGGUUUGUUUGUUUUUUAAAGGUGCUCUUAAGUUUCUGCUUCAUUCACUGUUGUGUAUUUAGUUCCCUUUGACAGCCUUUGCCAGUCAAGUACCCUCCAGGUGUUUUAGGUUACAACUCCCAUCACUACUGGGGCUGGUACGGGUUUGUGGUCCAAAACAUCUGGAGAAUGCCCGGUUGGCCCAGGCUGCCUUAGACCUUGAUUCUGAGGCAGGCCUUUCUCCUGGGGUGUGCCACCCUGAAUGGCAGAGCAUGGGAGCCUGCUUCUCUGCCCCUGUUCCUCUGCCUGCCCUGGCCCUCUGCUCCAGGCCUUCUGCCUUUCCUGAUCAAGUUCCUUGGAUCUUUGCAGGGUCUCCGCUGUAGCUGUAGCUGAUGGUUUUGUUUUUGUUGUUUCUCCCUGCAUACACAGAUUUUCUCACUGUAAUAAAUGUAUUUAUAAGUAAUUGGCUAAUACAGAAAUCCGUUUAGAAGAA